UGUGCUAUAAUCCCAUUGCCUCAUAUCAAACCAAGUUGCUUUAUUGUAGAGUAUAACUUGGAAAAGCUUCUUAUAGAUUUGAUAGUCUCAGAUAAACUUUUGCUUAGUGUUUCAUUAUACAUCAUGAUGGAGUUUCUAGCAAACCUGGUGGAGCCUUUGCUGGUGCUGAAAAUCGCCUUGUCGAUCCUAGUAGCCGCGGCCGGGGCUUUGGUGUACCUUUAUGCCCCGUAUUGGGGCGUUAGGCGCAUCCCCGGCCCUCCGGCAAUGCCUCUGGUCGGACACCUUCCGUUGCUAGCUGAGCAUGGCCCGGAAAUCUUCACUACUCUUGCCAAGCGCUACGGCCCCAUAUUUAGAUUUCAUUUGGGAAGGCAGCCACUAGUAAUAGUAGCAAAUGCAGAUCUUUGCAGAGAAGUUGGGAUAAAAAAAUUCAAGUAUUUCUCCAACAGAAGUAUCCUUCUCCCAUUGCAGCUUCUCCUGUUCAUCAAAAAGGCCUCUUCUUCACAAG